CUCAUCUCCAUCGGCUCCGGUGAUCACUAGUGAAGUGAAAACCUCCGGUCCUCCUCGAUCAUCCACAUCAAACUAGCCCUAGCCCCUAGCUUUAGAUCACCAUGCCGGCGCCGGUGAACCGCAAGAACCUUGAGCAGCAGCUCGCCAUGGCUAAGAAAAGCUCCCGAGAGGCGGCUCUCACAGGGGCUAAGGCAGCAGUUGCAGCGACCAUCGUCUCUGCAAUUCCCACCCUGGCCAGCGUGAGGAUGUCGCCGUGGGCGACGGCCAACAUAAACCCUGCCGGCCAGGCCCUGAUCAUCUCCACAGUGGCUGGCAUGGCGUACUUCAUCGCCGCCGACAAGAAGAUCCUGUUGCUGGCGAGGAAGCACUCCUACGAGAACGCACCGGAGCACCUCAAGGACACCUCCUACCAGGGCACCGGUCGUCUCCACCCGUCCUUCUUCAGGCCAUGAUCGGACAAGAAGCUACCUCUUGAGCACCAGUAGUUCUCAGCCGUCGAUGUCCAUCCAAAUUAAUAACCUACUACUUGAGAUGUGUGUUUGGAGAAACUACAAUAUAUAGUGUGUGGUGCUCAAGUUUAUAUUGUAAUUAUGAAUUUCCAUCAUAUAUUCGAUACCCCAGUUUAUUAA